ACCUCUACAACCACCUCUACUUCCACUUCUACCUCCACAAUCACCUCUACUUCCACUUCAACCUCUACAACCACCUCUACUUCCACUUCUACCUCCACUACCACCUCUACUUCCAAUUCUUCCUCCACAACCAUCUCUACUUCCACUUCCACCUCUACAACCACUACUUCCACAUCUACUUCUACAACCACCUCUACUUCCACUUCUACCUCUACAACCACCUCUACUUCCACAUCUACCUCCACAACCACAACCACCACCACAACGACCAUUACUUCAACUUUUACCUCUACAACCUCCUCUACCACAACACCUUCCCCCGGUAACUGUACUAUUAGCACAUCAGCUGAUACCGUUUCCUUCCAAUCCCCUAAUUAUCCAAGUGAUUAUCCAAAAACAAGAUCUGUACACUUCCACCAACAUAUAUGAGCACCCCGGGCAGCGUGAAGCUUGUGGUGACAGCUUUCGACCUCGCAGCUGGCGAUGAGCUGGUUAUACAGAACCCAUAUACAUCACCAUUGC